AUGCCUGCGAUGGCUACUGAAGGCGUACUGCCUGAACAUAAUGCGCGUUCCUUUUUCACCAUCCCUCCUCCUAUCAAGCAUCUCUUCGACAAGUUUCCUUUAGCAACUUACCCUGCAAAUGAGAUUCCGCAAAGGUCUCCAUCCCGGCGGCACGAUAACCAGCUAUUCGUUUUCAGUGAGCCAGCUAAUGCGCGUCAUGGUCGACCCUCGUUCAACCCCCAAUGUCUUAAAUGGCAGGCCUACUUGAAAUUCCUCGGUGUGGACUUUGAGAUUACUCCAUCGAACAACCAUGCAUCACCGACAGGCGCCUUGCCUUUCCUUCUUCCAGCUCUCCCUACCAAUGCCCCAGAUGCGAUUCCAUCACACAAACUCCAAAAAUGGGCGAUCGAACAGGUCCACUGCGAGGAGGAGCAGCAAUUAAACCUCCGCUUCGAAGUCUACGCCUCUCUCCUGGAUCACCGGAUACGCAAUGCCUGGUUGUAUAUGCUGUACCUUGAUAGUGAUAACUUUAAUGCCGUGGCCCGCCGGCUCUACGUCGUCCCCGCAAGCAGAAACACACUUGUCCGCAGCGCCCUAGGACUCCAGCUCCAAACAGCCGCCCGCGAUGAGCUCCUCAAGUCAUCCUCAUAUGUUGACGUCGCAGAGUUGGAAGCAGACGCGGCUAACGCAUUCCAGGCACUAUCUGCCUUGCUCGGCGACGAUGAUCACUUUUUCGGCCGACCGAACCCAGGUCUCUUCGAUGCCAGCGUAUUCGCCUACACACAUCUGAUCUUGGACGAGGGAAUGGGAUGGAAGCGAAACCAUUUGGCACCAUCGCUCCGAGAGCACGCCAAUCUUGUACAACACCGUGACAGACUUCUAGGCUUCUUCUAG